CGUCAAUCAAAGCAAACUAGCGAGCAGUAUAAUUAUUCGGGAUCUAAUUUCCACAAACAUGAUUUAUUUUACACCACUGAUUAACGAUUGUCUCUUUGUACAAAGUUUAUUUGAGUGUCCGUGUUGAUAAAGUUGCUGUUUUCGCAAAGUUGCUUGGUCAGAUAGCUUGUUAGGUUAGCCCGAUACCUAACUUACGCCACCUCCCUAACCACUUAGCGAGCUGUGAUUUGCUUAUGUUUUCGGCUGGCCACUCAGUUUUCUUUGCUUUCAGAUAGAGAUACACUGACCACUUCAAGUGUAGUUUCUGUAUGUCAUGUGAUUGUUAAUUAAUUGCCUGGCCAUUUGUGAUUGGAAUUUGAUCUACCACCACAUCUACCUACACCAUACCAAGUUUAUGGUGCCCUAGGCAGCGUCGCACUUGGAUGACGGCAUUAUGCAGACCAUAAAGUGUGUGGUGGUGGGUGACGGCGCAGUGGGCAAAACAUGCCUUCUCAUCUCCUACACGACAAAUGCCUUCCCCGAGGAGUACAUCCCCACGGUGUUUGACAACUACAGCACACAAGCCAGCGUGGAUGGCCGCGCAGUCAGCCUGAACCUGUGGGACACUGCGGGCCAGGAGGAGUACGACCGCCUCCGCACGCUCUCCUACCCGCAGACGCACGUCUUCAUCAUCUGCUUCUCCAUCGGAAGCCCCUCGUCCCACGCCAACGUCCGGCACAAGUGGCACCCCGAGGUGUCCCACCACUGUCCCGGGGUGCCCGUGCUGCUGGUGGGCACCAAGCGCGACCUGCGUUCGGACCGCGAGGCGGUCGAGAAGCUGAAGGAGCAGGGCCUGGCCCCCACCACCCCGCAGCAGGGCUCCGCCCUGGCCAGGCACAUCGGCGCGGUCAAGUACCUGGAGUGCUCCGCCCUCCUCCAGGAAGGCGUGCGAGAGGUGUUUGCCGAGGCGGUCCGUGCCGUGCUCUACCCGGUGACCAAGAAGAACACCAAGAAGUGUGUGCUGUUAUGACUGGCGUGUGAGUGAGUGACCUGACGUCCGUGUCUGUAAGGAAUGGAGGAGUGUAUGUGAAGGAUGGAAGAAUGAUGAGGAGGAUGAUGAUGAUGAUUUACGAUAAUGAUGCCUUUGGUUGUGGAUGUGUGUGUCUGUCCAUUUCGACCAGAAAGACUGGAGGGUUUAAGGAGGACAUGUUGGAAUUAAAAGCCUCUCCGUGCACCAAACCAAACUCAUACCACUAGACAGUACCGGAAAAGGGGUCCACGUGUGCCUGGAACUCGCUGAACUUCUAAUGCCUUUUUCCCUUUGACCCACCCCUCUCUCUGAAGAUCGAUUAUGUUUUGAUUGAGACAGUGUCCUGUGGAAUUAUUAUUAUUUUGCCAUUGCCAAAGUGAAGUAAUUUGCAUUAUAGCCAUCUUCCAGACUUUUUAAGUCAAUUCACACUCCCUUGUCCGUGCAAAUACCUAGUAGUUGGCCAGUUGCUAUUUUGCAAAGGUCUAACCUGGCCACUAUUGAAUGAUGUUGCCACUUUUUUAUUUCUUUAAUUAUUUGAUCCCCAAAUACAUAGGGUAUGUAUGCUAGUGAGAAGAACUGACAGCAACGUGCCUUCAGAAUCAUGCCAAUUGCUACAUAGUCUUGUGUGACUUUGAACGCACCUCUAAGCUCGAAAUCAGGAAUGUAAAGCCUUAAUACUCUUUGGAGCUUCUGGGCAAGUUCUUCUCAUUCGUAAUUUUUUCUUAAGUAGCUGAAUACAUUUUCAAGCAGCUCUACGCUGAUGUUGCCAACAACCCCAAGGUGAAGCUUCUCAAAGUCAUGUGUCUUUUUGUUGUUUUGAGCUGUUUCCGACACUCUCGUGCCUGCCCACCUGUGCUCUGUUCAUGCGUAGCUGAGCAGCGUAUCAAAAACCGUUGUGUCGAUUAACACAGACAGUCAUUUAUCUCUCUAUGCUUUGGAAAGAAUGGGGAAACGCAUGCCAUCAUGGAACUGGCCUACAGUAGCUGCUUAUCACUAAACUCCUAAAGCCAGAAGUGAGCACUUAUGACUGGAGCCCUCUGCUGAAACAUCCACAUGAGCUCCGCUUAUGGCAUUUCCUGAGUAGGAUGCAUGUCUAACCACAUGUUCUCCUCACUGGAAAAAUAUUCAUUUCUGAAAGAAAAAGUUGCAAGUUUUAUGUUACUUGUUCAGAUUCCAGUGCAGAUAAUACUCUCUAUAUUUUUGAUUUAAUCGAUUCUGUGACCCGAUCUUGAUGUAUAAGGACACUCAUCGUAAUAGAUGUCUGUGUUAAUCGACACUACUCAUAUUCAGUAUGUAGCGAUAAAUGGAAUGCCCCAGUAUUUCCAGUCUAAUGCCAUAAAAGGUUAGUGCUUCCCCCAGUGAAUUUUUAUUCAGCUGCCAGAUUUGUGGUGCUCCACUGAGAACAUCCACAUGUUAAAUCAUCUCUGUCGGUGUUAAUUUAUUCCACUAAGAGCACAAGAGACCAAGCAUUAUCAGUGAUGUAAUGGUUAGAGAGAACGGUCUGGGUUGACAAGGUUGUUUUCUUCUCCUAGUAAACGAGUUAUCUCCGCAUCCACCACAAGCCCCUGGUUGAGGGAUGUCACUUGAAUACCAUUCUUCUGUUUAGCCUGGCGAUGGCCUUGUUUUUCCUGGUAGUGGUGCAGACACAUUUCUCUUCAUUCACAAUUGUGAGAAUCCAUGCUGGUUAGAAGAAGCUGCAAUGUGGGCUUACUUGAUUUGAAUAAGUGUGCCCUCUCUCCCCUAACUCCCAUCAAGUGCCGUUGGUGAUUCAGCCUCUCUGAUGUUCACUGAUUGCCUUUACGUAUAUAUAUACUGUAUGUAUACUUUUUUAGGAUGUUGGUUUAAGAAAGUCCUUGCCUUAUCAUGUGUUGACCCUCUUAUUGUCCAGCGGGCUAAAAAGCUUCUGCAUACCGUAGCUGCUCUGCCUGAGUGAGCAGUCUGAUUAGGAAAGCCUGGUGGAGAAAAACCAUGUAACAAAGGCACGAGUCAGGAAGGCAGGGAAAUGCAGGCGUUGGCCUUGGUGCCAGGCUACCCACAUAGAGGGUCUUUUGAGUGGGGUGAAUCUGUGCGUAUGACUCAGGUCUAACUGUCUGUUGUUGUAAUCCUUGCAAUGGUAGCUUUCAGUGACGGACCCUGAACGGUCAUCUCUCUGGACUGGACUUUGAGAAUUGCCCUGCAGCCAAACAAAAGUGACGAGAGACGGACAAUGACAAGAGGGGACAGAAACAUGCUGCUGGUUUUCAAUUACAUCAGCACUUACAGACUGAGUGAAGUAAUUCAUGUAUUAAAGAGUACUUAACCAGUGAUCCCCACAGAAUUUGUCCCCCAGCAAGAAGAAGGUGAAUCGGCUGUUACAUUUCACUUAAUGCCAACAAAAUGAAACCUGAAGGUUAGGACUCUUGAGGAUGUAAUGGAGUUUGCUCCAACAUUUAUAAGCCAAGUAUAAACAUACAAAAGUGCAAUUUUUACUUAGUAUGUUUUAUGUACAUGUGUAUGUGUAUGUGUUUUUUUUUUUUUUUUUUUUUUUUUUUUUGGAAUUCACGGACAAACCACACCUGGGCAAAAGGAAAAUGUUUUGUACAAGUUUGAUAGAGGAGAAUUAAAUGACACAAAAUUCCUGUUC